CAGUAAUUUAAACUGACGUCAAAACAGGAAGUGUUCAUUCUGUUGAAGUGUUGUGAUGAUAAAUAACUGCUCACAUCACAAAAGUAUUCAGUCCUAACUUAUCGAUGCACCGUGUGGCCUUGUGAACACUUGUUUCUUUCAGGUAACCAAACAGCAGGCGAUUCAGCGCCGUCAGACAUGCAGAUCAAGAGGAUGAUGAUGAUGAUGCAUCUGUUGAAGAGUAUCCCUGUCUAAUUUCACUGGAGGUGGCAGCGACCAGCUUAGUUUCCGCAGCGGGGACAAGCUGCUCGUGCACGCCAAGACUUCUUCAGAGUGGUGGUGGGCAGAGCUGCAGGGGGUCGCGCACGGUAUGUCCCCGCCUGCUACCUGCGCCUGCUGCUGAGGAGGAGGAGUACACCUCUCUGGAGGACCAAUGAGGCUUCACUUGGAGAUGCUGUCAAAUAGGAGGCGCACUGAGGCGUACAGACAGGUUAUUCUCAGCAACAGCGCUCCUCUGAGGAAUAAGGUGGUGAUGGACCUCAGCUGUGGGACUGGCAUCAUCAGCCUGUUCUGCGCUCAGCUGGCACGCCCCCCUUUUUGUAAUGUGUUUGCUGUGGAGGCGAGCUCCAUGGCCGAGUACACCAGACAGCUGGUGAAGCAGAACGGCUGUGAGGAGGUGGUGCUCCAGGGACGAGCUGAGGACAUCCAUCUACCAGAGCGGGUGGACAUCCUGGUGUCUGAGUGGAUGGGAAACUGCCUACUGUUUGAGUUCAUGGUGGAGUCAGUUCUGCUGGCCAGGGACUGCUGGCUUGAAGAAGGCGGCGUAAUGUGGCCCUCAUCCGCAGCCCUCACCCUGGUGCCAUGUCAGGCCAACAGCUAUUACGCAGAGAAGAUGGCCUUCUGGGAGCAGCCCUAUGGACUGGACUGUACUCCUGUUCAAUCCAGUGUGACUGAUCCACCAGCAGGCAGCUGGUCUCAGGCAGCAACUAACUGGCAUCUUUUUUCAAUAGUCACCUCAUCGACCCCAGCGAUUGCCUCACGGCUCCCUGUGAUGCCCUGCUCCUGGACAUGUACACUCUGGAGAUCAAAGACCUGGAGGUGCUGGGCCAACGCACUGGAAGCAGACUCUGUUCAUGCUGGACCGGCCGGUCAGAGUUUUGGAGGGAGACUCCAUCGCUGGAACCAUCGUCCUGCGCAGGAACCCUGUCUGGAGACGCCACAUGACCAUCACCCUGCACUGGAGUAUUAACAGCAGCACAGGGGGAAAGGGCCAGGUUGGGAAAAAUAGUUUCCCCAUGUGGAGGUGACGGAUUCUCUGCAAGUGUUGGAGAUCUACAGUGUAAGAGUUUAAAACCUCUUGUGUUGAGUUCAGGGUCAGUAGGAUGUGAGCUGCUGCUGAUGGAAUGAAGUGUGACAGUCAAAGGCCUGGGAACUACAGAACACCCAUGUCAAAAGGGUAGAUUAACAAAGAAGUUACAUGCUACAAAUGAACAGAGGAGCAUUAUUUUAACUGUAUUAUAUAUAUUAAAACGUAUUUAAAUAUUGGG